GCCUUUAGCCUCCCUCCUGCUGCCGCCCGCCUCUGUCUCCCUCUCUCCACGAACUGCCCAGGAGUGAGCAGCUGCUCUCCGACGACCCGACGGACCGACAGACGCACGGACUGCCCGACCCUCAAGACUGCCAAGCAGCCGGCCUGUGCCCGCCGCUUCCCCUCCUCAGUCUCGCAGGCACGCCCACCAUGUGGCCCCUGUGGCCUCUUGCGGCCCUGCUGGCCCUGAGCCAGGCUCUGCCCUUUGAGCAAAAAGGCUUCUGGGACUUCACCCUGGACGACGGGCUGCCCAUGCUGAACGACGAGGAGGCUUCGGGCGCCGACACGACCUCGGGCAUCCCAGACCUAGACUCCCUCCCGCCCACCUACAGUGCCAUGUGCCCUUUCGGCUGUCACUGCCACCUGCGGGUCGUUCAGUGCUCCGACCUGGGUCUGAAGACUGUGCCCAAGGAGAUCUCGCCCGACACCACUCUGCUGGACCUGCAGAACAACGACAUCUCUGAGAUCCGAAAGGAUGACUUCAAAGGCCUCCAGCAUCUCUAUGCCCUGGUCCUGGUGAACAACAAGAUCUCCAAGAUCCAUGAGAAGGCCUUCAGCCCCCUGCGGAAGCUGCAGAAGCUCUACAUCUCCAAGAACCACCUGGUGGAGAUCCCUCCCAACCUGCCCAGCUCCCUGGUGGAGCUCCGCAUCCAUGACAACCGCAUCCGCAAGGUGCCCAAGGGCGUGUUCAGUGGGCUGCGCAACAUGAACUGCAUUGAGAUGGGUGGGAACCCCCUGGAGAACAGUGGCUUUGAACCUGGCGCUUUCGAUGGCCUGAAGCUCAACUACCUGCGCAUCUCUGAGGCCAAGCUCACCGGCAUCCCCAAAGACCUCCCCGAGACCCUGAAUGAACUCCAUCUGGACCACAACAAAAUCCAGGCAAUCGAGCUGGAGGAUCUGCUCCGCUACUCAAAGCUGUACAGGCUGGGCCUGGGCCACAACCAGAUCCGCAUGAUUGAGAAUGGGAGCCUGAGUUUUCUGCCCACCCUGCGGGAACUGCACUUGGACAAUAACAAGCUGUCCAGGGUGCCUGCUGGCCUUCCGGACCUCAAGCUCCUCCAGGUGGUCUAUCUGCACACCAACAACAUCACCAAGGUGGGCGUCAACGACUUCUGCCCGGUGGGCUUCGGGGUCAAGCGAGCCUACUACAAUGGCAUCAGCCUCUUCAGCAACCCCGUGCCCUACUGGGAGGUGCAGCCGGCCACCUUCCGCUGCGUCACUGACCGCCUGGCCAUCCAGUUUGGCAACUACAAAAAGUAGAGGCGGCGGCAGCCAAGGUGGCCUGGGCGGGGUCUCUGGGGAGCACAGCGAUGUCCUGAGGCGGGGAAGCAAAGCAAGGGAGCGAAACCAAUGCUCGGCUGCACCCGACCCAGCCCCGCCCUUGGUCCCCAACUCCCCUCAUCGCCGCCAACGUCCUUGC